AUGCCAAUCACAACCACCAGCACCCCCCUCCCCCUCCCUCCCUCCCACGCCAUCAACUGGCUCCAGCACCCCCCCAACCUCCUCGCCGCCAACCCCUCCGGCGUGAUUCACACCCAAACCUCCCCCACCGCCUACACCAUCACGCUCUCGAUCCCGGUGCUCUGGUUCUUCUCGUUCACGGUGACGACGGAGGCUGUGUUUGAGAACCGCGUUGACGGGGUGUUUGUAGUUACGAAGACGGGCGGGGUACGGACGAGUAGUGAGUGGACGGUAGCAGGAUUGGAGGCGAGGGAUGGUGAUAGGGACGGGCAGGAGGGGUGUGUGGUGAGGGAGGUGUUUAGGGUUUUGGAGUGUUGGUGGGGGGUGGGGUGGUUUGUGAGGUGGACGGCGGGGAGGGAGCAUGUAGUGUUGAUGGAGAGGGUAGAAGCGGGGUUGCGGGCAGUGGGGGAGAGUAAGAAGGUGAGGUAG